CAGCCAGUCCUCCAGUAGCUACAGCUCGGCGCCGAUGCCGUCGCUGAUUGAGCCGCAGGCUACCGUGCUGUACGAUUUUGAGGCGGCCAACGGCAACGAGCUCACCAUCCGCGAGGGCGAGCACCUGACCAUCGUUGCACAGAGCACUGGCGACUGGCUCAUUGCAAGGUCGGUGCAGCGCGGCAAUGUCGCUGGAUUAGUGCCUUCGGCGUACAUCCAGCUGCACGAUCACGUCACAGGUGCAGUUGUCAGCGAUCUGCGUGCAUACUUAAACAGAUACAACAUGCGCCUGCGCUCCGCGGUCGACUGGGAGAAGCAACAGCGUGAGGCGUGGACGACCAACUCAGCCCACAGCUCAGUGUCUGCGAGCAGUGAGCUGGCAGCUGCCACAGGCCACAGCUUGGGCCAGAACACCGGCGGCCGCACGCGCAUGAGCUCUGGAUCCAAUAGCAGCUACGACGACCAGUCGCCAACACCGCGGUCGAGGCGCCAGCCAUCCGGCAACUCGCAGCAACACAGCGCCAGCGAGAAUUUCCCGCGCUUCCACAAGGACGAGAUUGCCGAGGUCGGCGUGCCAUCGUUCAUCUGCAAAGACGGCGCGUACCUGUUCCAGGUCUCGCUGACAUUUUACACCGGUGAUGAGCGCAACCUGUACCGCACGUACGAGGACUUUCGAGCUGCACAUUAUUUCCCUACCGAGACGUCCUCGCUCAAGCUGGCGCGCUCAUCGAUUCACAGCUCGUCAAUGCUCUACCUCAACGACUCGAUCAUUGAGCGUCGGCGCAAUGAGCUGCACACAUAUGUCCAGGGCCUGGUGGCGACACCCGCGUUUGUCGUUGAGGGUCCCACUGUGCAGCGUCUGUUUGGGUCGCGCGUCGACGCUGUGCCCGAGCGCCAGCACUCGCCAGACAACACCAAGCAUCGCACAAUGCAGUCGGAGUAUCGCUCGUCGCGGCACACGCCCUCCCUGUCGACCGACAGUUCCAUGGAAUCCGGGCUCACCCCGGCAUCGGCAUCGUCGACAGAAACUGCUGUCGACGGACAUGAUCUGGACUACAGGGCGUUUGGCGCCAUGAGCAUCGGCAAGCCUGGCAUUGGCAGCCGCCGCACGAUGACCGAAGUGCCGCCGAUGCCCUCAGACCACCUCUCCACCAGCGUCGACUCAAAGACCGCUAUGCAACGGCUGUCGCACCGGCCUAGCAUUGGCGCCGUGGGAAAAGGCUCCAUGGUCAAGGUUAAGAUCAGGCUGGGUGACGAUAUGGUCGCACUGCGCCUGCCUUCAGAGCUGACGCUCAAUGAGUUAAAGACCCGCAUCGCGCUUAGGCUCAACACUGAGGAGCCAUCGCGCUUGCCGUCGACCAUUUCCCAGAUUGCCUACUUUGGCCCCACCGGCGAGUCGGAGCCACUGAGCGACGACCAGGACUGGGCCACAGCGCUGCUGAUCACCAACUACAAGCCCAUUUUGACAAUCGUUCAGUGAGCCCUUGGCCGGCUCCAAAUCCAGAGCGAAGUUGCCUCUCGUUUUUUUCCUUCUAAAAAGGCCAUUGCGCAUAUUUAUCGCCCGGCUAUGUAUCACUCUGUUUCUUUAGUUGCUGGGCUGAGCAGUGCGGUAUGCGACGUCUCUAUUCUUUAUCCUUUCUCUUUUGCAUGCUGCACACGCACACACAUGUCUUUUUAUCGACCUUAGCCGCCUUUUCAUGUCUUUCCCUUUUGUUUUUUUGUACACAUCUUUUUCAUGUUUUAUCUGUUUAAAAAAAUUCCCUCAAAAAAUA